AUGCAUACUUGUUUCAUCGCGCUAGCAUCUGCGUCUGUUCUGCAUCUGCCUCUCUGGUCUUCCGUAGUGUACGGAUACAUGGUCCCCAUCAGAGCCUCCCGCCCUUGUCUUUCCAUCUCCUCGAGUCCCUCCCCUUCAGGAACCCUUGCUGGUUCGUUGUAA